CGCGCACUCACGUCGGUGUAGCGCCACGUUAGAGGUGGUGACCCGGGGCUCAGGUCACGUGUCAGCUGCAGCGGCGGCUUCAAUACUCGGCGGCCUCGUCAGUCAGUCGUCGCCAAAUGAAAUUCCUCUCUCAUAACUACAGCCUCGCACUCAUAGACCUUCUUGCUGCUUGGCACAGUCAACCACUUGCUGUCGUCGGCCGUCACGUGACAGUGAAUGCUGUUGACAGGCUGUAGAUCGAAGCGCGAAGUCAUCCACCCUUGACUGGCAACACAGAGUUGUUGUUUACAGCCAUGAGUAAAGAGGAGGGUCACCUUCAUGGGGGGCACGGCCCUGCAGCACCGGGGGAACGAGGUCUGUGUGAAGAUUAUUGGCUGGCGAUACCGACUGCACUGAGUGACCUCCUCCUCAGCGAAGGUGGUCGUUAUAUGGACGAGGUCAAAGAGCACUCAGGUGUGACUGUCACUCGCAAGGAUGCUCACUCGUGCGUCCCACACAUGGAGAACCUCGUGCUGAGUGGUUCGCGGAACCACAUUCCAGAGGCAGUUCGGUUCAUUUCUCAAAAGGCAGGAAUAGAGAAAAUCAUAAAGGAGGAAGCCCAGACGUUUUGGUUGCGCUGGCUGGAGAAAGCCUACCCUGAACUGGAAUCUCGGACCUAUUUCUUACCUGCUGUACCCGUGCAGCGCGAGGUGAAGACGAGACAGAAGCUGGGCGACAAGUUACUGGACGGAGCCAUACCCUCAAAUUUUCUGGGUGUGUCUCCCCACCCGUCUCCCCGAGCCUCUCCUCACCCGUCUCCACGACCCUCUCCUCAACCGUCUCCACUGCCGUCCCCAAGGGUCUCUCCUCAACCGUCUCCUCGCGCUUCGCCUCAACCGUGCGGACAUCCCGAGAACGAGGCCAGAGAUGACGUCACCAGCGACGCGGCGCUGCAGCACGUGCUGGUGUGCAUGCAGAAGCUGGCGGAGAUGCACAAGGAAAUAUUCGUGGGCGUCAGCCGCCUGCAGUUUAGCGACUGCCUGCAGGAGUUCUGCUACACCUGUGCUGCCGCCUUGCUGCCCCAACCCUCAAAGCUUCCUCCCGCCCUCCCCAAGAAGUGGAAGGAAGGUGACUGCGACUUCCUGAUGAUCCACCGCUUCUACGGACUUGUUCUGUUCAAGAUUAACGCCACACGAGGUGGUAGGCUCAGGCAGGGCGAGGCCUGGGACAGUGAGUUGGAGGCAGAGGUGGCCGACAGACUGUCAAGGGCCGUAACUCAACUGAGGAGGCAGGAGGCGCUGCUGGCUCACCUCGUCUCUGACGUCCUUCCGGGAGUUCGCGUUGUCAAAGUGCUUGUCGUUCCCAACCUGAGUUCUAAGCAGCUGAAGAACAUCCUCAACACAAAAUCCGAGCUGACACAGGAGUUGUCUCAGUGCUUGGGAGCAGCAGAUGAAGAUGACAUCACUAGUCGUUGUCUCUGUGCCGACCACCUGCUGACCCCGCACACACCUGGUCACGUGGGUAACGGAACCUUGAAGAAGUUGUUGGACUGGUGGCAGCGAUGCGUGACGAGGGCGGGGUCAGUGCAGAUGUCUCCAGAAAUGUACAAGACCCUUGUGGCCAGGUUUUGUGGACCAGCCGCGACUGUAGCAGUGCCCUGCAUGUCUUCCCCUCGCCUGGCCAUGACGACCAUGACCCUAGAAGGGUCGCUCUACGGUCUCUUCACGUUGUUUCCGGAACAAGUCAACCUCAUCCACUCAGACCCGUUGCGAGUGUUCCUGGCUGGUCCCCCAGGCACCGGCAAGACGGUCGUGCUGCUGCUGGUGGCGUUGGAGUGGCUGCGGCACAACCACGACGUCUACGUCAUGGGCACGGCGGAGCACAGCCGCAUAGCGUGCUGCAUGCUGCACCACCUGCUGCAGCAGGCGCUGGAGAGGAUGCGGCAGUCAGGGGAGGAGUGCGGUCAGCUGCACCUGCUGCUGCACAACUUCCGAGGCGGCACCGACGUUGACAGGGCGACACAGGAGUUGACGGAUGCAGCAAAGGACGGAGAGGUGUACGUCAUCGCUGACGAUGUGGGACCUGAUGACGUAAGCGGACCUGUGCAGGAUUUCCCAGCCGUGUGGAAGCCUCAUUUCAAGGCGUUCUGUGAGAACUUGCUCACCCGUGUCCCUCACCUUCAUCUGUGGGCCGCCAGCUGCAAACAUGGCAUCGUCCCCUCCGGCUGGCAGAUGGAGUGUUUCACCAGACCCCUCCGAUGUCCCUCUGCCGUGCUCAAGGAGGUUGAGAUGGCUGAACAGAUGGACAACGUGGUUCUGAAGUUCGGUUCUCAGGGUGUACCCAGCCAUCCCAGCGACCCACCCGUGAAACUCGUGCAUCAUGAUAGCCAGCAUCAUGCCGGACAGCAGCCAGUCAGCUGUGUCCAGUGUGGGCAGGAGGUCGCGAGCUUCCUCCGGGGUCUGAUGGCCGCCAGCCUAGACAGUCCUAGCGACAUCACGGACGCUUCCGGCUCGUGUGACACCGGAAGCAGUCCCAACGCCCUGCAGUUCCGGGACAUGGUGGUGUUGUGCCUGGGCCGCGUCACCAACACCAGCGGCGUGAUGGAAGGUCUGCGCAGCCAGGGACUUCCGGUGCGCAUGGUGGAGACGGUGCAGGACAUGGAGGACCUGGCCACGGCCCGCAGUGACGUGGUGUGGGUCUCCAGUGGCAACCUGGUGAGGGGCAUCGAGCGCAAGGUGGUCGUGUGCGUCAGAAACGAGUUUCCGGACAGAGACAAGUACAACCGCCUCUACCCGCUGUCCAGGUGCAUGUCGCAGCUGGUGCUGGUCGUCCCCUAUGUAUCGGGGCUACACUAGGAAGUAGCACCUGCAGUGUUUGCGACCACGUGACAGAAGCUACAUCUGCCGAACACCAUCUUCAGUUUUAUUUUGAGCACCGGACAUGACGUUUUAGAAAAAAAUUGCGCAUGCGUAAGUAGGUUGAUCUAAGUAUGCCUAGUUCGCAUCCUAAACCGACUUCUACUGUCUGCUCCUGUGAUACACCUGCUGCUCACUCCGCGUUACAUACCAAGAUAUAAUUAUGUAUCCUUAAAGUAUCUUGAUAUAAGUUUGCUUUUACCUUUUCUUUCAAAAAGCAUCAGCUGUGAAAAUCAGGCUGGAAAACACUGUUUAUUAACUCUCUGACAUAGUCAAAUAGAAGAUGAAUGAAAGUUGUCGACAGAGUCGAUGAAGGGAAUGAUAAGGAGCGUGUUAAUGUCCAGAUUGUCACUAUUGCCAGAACACUGUGCUGAAAAAAUUGUUAGUCUUAAUUUAAUAGUCAACAUUCAACAUUUACUACCCCAUCAGAAACCGGGGUUUGUUAUUUUGUACAAACAUAAUAUUCCUUGCUUAUUUAAAUCAACGUCUUUCUGUGGUGUAUAGAUACAAUACAUGUUGUACAGGUACCCUGCAUUCUGCAACUCCCACCCGUCCCAUUGUUUCAUAGUCGCAGGAUUGAAAAGGGUAAAUCGUGUCCGGGUACAUUGCCUUUGGUAACCUUUAACCCUGCUUCCGCCAUAUCUUGCCUCAGAGAAUCUCAAAAACUGUUCAAAAAUCGAACAAAAGUAUCAAACCUACUGGACAAUAAUAAGACAUGUUUGGAUUUCAUUUCUCGUCUUUUCUUUCUACACCUUGCAAUCUUUGCCUUCAGUUUCAUGCAUCGUUUAUGUAAUGUAAGUAUACUUCCCUACAAUCUGUUUAUUCAGUGGAAGUGUUUCAUGGAAGUGUUUGUGUCAAUGUCACUAAAUUACAUAUAUACUAUUAUACUAUUCUACUAUUCUACAAAUGCUUGCUUAUCAACGCUGAAAACCGAUGGUAGGAGAAAGAUGAUAUGUACGAAGAGUGGUUCUCUGGCGCAAAUAAAUUAUAUAAAGUUUUU